UGAACUCAGUCUCUACCUUAGGCAAUCCUCUGGGCAUUUCGUCGUUGAGUUUCACAAGUUUCGUAAACAUAAGCGUACAACAAUUAUUUCAGUCAAUACAGUUGCUAAAUAAACUUGUAGUUCAUGUACGUUGUGAAUUAUUGAUUUUUAAUUCUGGAAUUGUUGAGAUUAGAGAACAUGGGGGAGUGCAGGGAAUUAUUUUUAGAGGGAUUCGAAACUCUCGGGAUUUUUUGAUUAUAGAUUAUUUUAUCUCUGUAAAAAUAAUAAACCAAUUUUUCAUCAAUGUUUGACCGAUUUUGCGGAGAGUUGAUUUGACAUUGUGGGUGGGAGAUAAAAAAAAUGUCAGAUUACACCAGAGGAAUAUUGCGAGUCGUUGUGGCUCAAAUAUGUCAGACCAUCGGAUGGCAUUCGAUAAACUCAACUCCACUGGAAUUCAUGGUCGAUCUCAUGCAGGAGUACUUCCUCAGGGUUUACAGAUUGUCUCAUCAGUAUUCAGAGAUUUUGGGGAGAACCGAAGUGAAUCUGGACGACCUGGGUCUAGCAUUUCAGCACAUGAACAUCGAUAUCGAGCAGCUCUCAGAAUAUGUGAAGAACGUGGACUCAGUGCCCUGCGCCAUAUCAGUCCCGAAAUACCCGAUAACCCGUGAAAACCACUUGAAUUUUUUGAAGCCAGGAAGCCGAGAAGUUGUGACAAGACCAGUGCACAUCCACGAACAUCUGCCAGCAAUGCAUCCAGACGAGGAAAUAUCGUCUGACAAGGAGCCAGAGAUCGUCCAAGGCUCCCCCCAGGACAGACAGUCGACAUCUCCAGGGACAGAGCCCUCGAUCUCUAGUCAGUCCCCGGAGAUAAUCUUCAAACGUCCAGGGGAUCCCCUCUCCGAGAACUCAAUUGUCGGAAAACGAGCGAGAGUGGACAACGAGAGUCGACCCCUAAGGGAGAUCCACAGUGUCAUGAUGACGACCUCAGGUUUUCUCUCUCCAGCCCGAGAGGGAAAACUCCCUGAACCCAGAACCCCAGUCCAGGCUCGACCUGAUUCUCCACCCCCUGCCUCCUACCCGAUGGUACCUCCUGAAUUGAAAUCAGAGAAGAAGAUCAAGAAAAUUGUAAAGAAAACUCCAGAGGACAAAAAAUUGGACAAGGAGAACAAGAAGAAAAAUCGAAAGCAGGAGGAUCUCUUCAAGGCUGACAAGAUCACUGAGCCUAAAGUAAAAAAACUCGCUGGCAUGAAGGAGACAGCUAAACUCAAACCGUUGAAGUCAGCUGGGGGCAAGACAUUUUCACCAUCCACGAGCCCAACGCCACCAGUUCAUCCUGUGCAGAAAGAGGAGUCGCCUUCGAAAGCCUCGAAGAAUAACACACCCAAGAGCAAGGGCGAUAAGUCAUGUCCACCGAUUUCCUCAGAUAAAAAAGAGGAUAAUGUUGAUAAAUUGCCUUCAGAACACGAUAAGCAGAAGCUGAAUAUUUUUAAGAAGAUAUCGAAACCCAGGGAUGACAAAUCUGAUACUGUCGAUCAUCACAAGUACAAGGAGGUCGAGUCCAGGGCCAAUUCCCCUGGGUUAGUCAUUGAUGAGGCUGGGGACAAACAUGGGCGUGAUGAUGUCAGGAGGGAGGAGAAGAAAGUACCUCAUACCCCUGAUGCUCAUGCACAUGGAGACAGUGAGAUAAUGGAUCUCAGGAGUCCUCAUGAUGAUGUUUACAUGUUCGAUGAUAUGUCACCACCGGGAACACCCAGUACUCCGAAGACACCCGAGUUGAAUGUCCCUGGGCCACCCCCGGAGACCAAGAAAAAGAGGAAAGAGAAGGGUAGUAAGAAAAAAGAGAAUUUCAAGAGCCCUGGGUUUAAAGAAAGCCCUAUAAAGAAUAAAGUGGUGCAUGAUAUCGUGGAGGAAGUUCUUGGGAGGCCAAAGACCCCAGAAGCCCUGGAAACUUGUAUUCCCAAAGACAGGGGAAUACCACCGAGUUUUCCGUAUUUUCCACCGUUUCCAGCGGCCCCUGGGCUCAUUCCCACUGGACCGCUUAUUCCACCAGGACCAGGACUCAUACCCCAUGGGCUGCCACCCAUGUUCACGAGGUUUCCACUUCCACUGGGACGAGGUAUGCCACCAGCACCACCAAUUCUCCAGCACUUGCCAUUGUCACGUCCACCUUUUUUGCCACCUGGCAAUAUGAAGAUCAUUCCACCGAGGUUUGAUUCGUUUCCUGCUCCAGGACCGAGUCAUCAGCCUCCACCACCGAAAGUGGACAAGGUGGAGAAACCAGAAAAACCUGAUAAGAAAGCGAAAAAACACAAAGUCGAUAAAAAGGACAAGAUAAAGAAGAAGAAAGACAAGAAGGAGAAGCAUAAGGAGAAAUUGGAAAAGAACAAGGAGAAGAAAGAGAAACUUGAGAAAAUAAAGGAGAAGAAGGAGAAGAAAGAUAAGCGAAAGGAGAAGGAAGAGAAAGAGAAAGAAAAGGAGAAGGAGAAGGAAAAAGAAAGUGAGAGUGUGCCGAAGAUUACACUCAAACUUGGUAAAUCAUCACCGAGGCCACCCACUCCGGAUAAUCCAUCGAUGAAAAAAAUAACAAUUAAACCACUUGUGAAAAAACCUGAAGAUGUUGUCAAGAGAGAAUCUAGUCCGGAAUUAGCGAAAAUUUCAGCUUUAGUGACGAGACCUCCAAAACCCAAAAUUCCGAAAAUCAAAGCAGAGAAGAAAGAAGAAAUCAGAGAUCAUGCACCUGUAGUAUUACCAGACCGUCCAGUUGCAACAAUUGUAGAUAACACAGGGCACCAGGUCUGGAUUUGUCCGGGUUGUGGAAAUCAGGAUGAUGGUUCUCCCAUGAUAGGAUGCGAUGAUUGUGAUGCCUGGUAUCACUGGGUGUGUGUUGGAAUGCAAGUUCCCCCAGCUGACGACGAGAACUGGUACUGCCGAAUGUGCAUAACAAAAAAACAAGAAUUACAUCAUGAUAAGAAGAAAAACAAGAGAAAGAAAAAAGUUAAAAUAGCAGUGUAAAUUUAAUAAUAAUUAUAAAAUUUCUUUCUCAAAUAUGAAGUUGUUUUAUGAGAAUUUCUGUUGCAACUCCCGGUAGUCACGAUAAAAUUCAUUCAAUUUACUUUUUUCAUUUUCACUUAUUUUUCUUUUAUUAUGAGUGACAACCUGACGUUGGGAUUAUUCAAUAGAAAUUAGUUAGGGGGUAGUUGCUAGAGAGUGAGACUGUCCAGCUCUACCCAAAACUGAAAAUGAGAUUUUGAAAGUAUCUCAAAUAAAAUAUUGAUAAAUCUCAAGCAAAAAUCUUUGUAAUCAUAAAAUAAGUUUUGACUUUUUUUUUAAUAUAUAAUUUUUUAAUUUAUAUCCGAAUCAUUGACUCUGAUCUGAUCGAUUGUUAUUGUUUAUGUUAAUUAUAACUGUUGAAUCAUGACAUUAAGCCAUUGAGAGUAAUAAAAUUAUUCCACUCAUUAUUCAA